AUGUCCUCAGAGGAGGUCAAGUUUGUUGCCCCUCUUUCGCAAGGGUUUGGAUAUGGCAUCAUUAUUGGAUUGGGUUUCGCUUUUGCGUUGGUGAUGAUCUUCAUUACCUGGGCUUUGAGGAGAUAUCAGCAUGAAGUCCAGACAUCUGAAAUGUUCUCGACCGCCGGACGGUCUGUAAAGUCGGGUUUGGUCGCCGCAGCUGUUGUCAGUAGUUGGACUUGGGCAGCUACCCUUCUGCAAUCUUCAGCUGUGGCUUACCAGUACGGUGUCUCGGGGCCCUUCUUCUAUGCUUCAGGUGCCUGCGUUCAGAUUAUAUUAUUUGCGACACUCGCCAUCGAGCUCAAAAGACGAGCCCCCAACGCCCAUACCUUCCUGGAAGCUCUCCGCGCGCGAUAUGGAACUGCAGUGCAUCUAGUGUUUAUUGUAUUUUGCCUCAUGACUAAUAUCCUCGUCACUGCCAUGUUACUCACUGGUGGUUCCGCCGUUUUGACUUCUUUGACUGGGGUUCACACAGCUGCAGCCUGUUUCCUACUGCCCAUAGGUGUUGUGCUCUACACACUUUUCGGCGGUAUCAAAGCAACAUUUAUCACCGACUACAUGCACACUGUGGUCAUUAUCGUUGUUAUUUUCAUCUUCGCGUUCUCCGCCUACGCGACGAAUGCGGAAUUGGGAUCCCCUGGCAAAGUGUAUGAUGCACUGGUUGCAGCCUCUGAGCUUCAUCCAGUGGAAGGCAACGCUCAAGGUAGUUACCUUACCAUGAGAUCCAAGGAAGGGGGGAUUUUCUGGGUGAUCAACCUUGUCGGUAUCACGGUGUUCCUUGACAAUGGCUACUACAACAAAGCCAUUGCCGCAAGUCCUGUCCACGCUUUCCCAGGAUAUGUUAUAGGAGGUCUUUGCUGGUUUGCUAUACCCUGGCUGUGCGCGACCACCAUGGGAAUCUCUGCACUUGCCCUCGAAGGGGCCCAAAGAAUUAGCUCCGACGAUGUCACCGCUGGCCUUGUACUGCCCUUCGCUGCUGUCAGGCUUCUGGGCUAUAGCGGAGCUGUAUGCACGACCCUAAUGGUAUUUAUGGCAGUUACUUCGGCCUUCUCAGCCCAAUUGAUUGCCGUCUCCUCUAUUGUCACUUACGAUGUCUAUCAAGCGUACAUCAACCCUGCCGCCAAGGGCAAGAGAUUGGUGUGGGUCUCUCACAUGUCUUGUAUUGUCUUUGCUCUCAUCAUGGCUGCAUUCGCGACAGGGCUCUACUACGCCGGAAUUGGUAUGGGCUAUCUGUACUUGCUCAUGGGUGUCAUCAUCUCCUCUGCGGUGUUUCCCGGUGCUAUGACUCUUGUCUGGAAGCAACAAAACUGGAUUGCGGCUGCCUGCUCACCAGUCCUUGGACUCGCGGUGUCUCUCAUUGCCUGGCUCGUGACCGCCAAGAAGGAAUAUGGUGAACUUACCGUCGCAAGUACCGGGGCGAACUACCCUAUGCUUGCCGGUAACGUCGCAGCUCUUCUCAGCCCGAUCAUAUUCUCGCCGGUUCUGACAUACCUUUUCGGCACUCAAAACUAUGACUACGAGUCGAUGCGCUCUAUUCGCAAAGUCGACGAUACAGAUGUUGCAGCUGCCGCGCACGUCGACAUCGAACUAAUUCCUGGCGAGCUUGACGUACGUGAUGCAGAAGCAGAGGAAGAAGAACAGCGUAAACUCAACAAGGCGGCUCUCUACUCUCGUACGCUGACUCUCGGCAUGGUGGUCUGCUUUCUGUUGUUGUGGCCGCUGCCUAUGUAUGGUACCUCCUACAUAUUCAGCAAGAAAUUCUUCACCGGCUGGGUGGUCGUUGGUCUGAUCUGGCUUUUCUGCACUACAUUUGGCGUCGUUAUCUUCCCUCUCUGGGAAGGUCGUCAAAGUAUCAUGCGGGUAGUCAGGCUCAUGGCCCUCGAUCUCACAGGGAAGAAGCCUGCCCUUGUUGGCCAGAAAUCACGAGUACACAAAGAUAACUCUUCUGGUGUUGAGACACCAACAGAGAAGAUGGAGCCAAAGACAAGCAUUUGA